AUGAAGCCCUGGUCCACUCUUUUCGUUCUAUUCUCUGUCUUCUCCGGGGUUUUCGCGGCGAAGCCCUCGGUUGACAAGUUCCAAAAAUACCAUGCACUCUCGCGCUCUGGCCCUGUUGAUUUGGAUAGCGCCUCAUUUGGAGAGCUAACUACUGCCCCUCGCGAUUACUAUGCCGCAGUGAUUCUUACAGCUAUGGAUGCCCGCUAUGGGUGUCUGAUGUGUCGGGAGUUUGAUGCAGAGUGGGAUUUGAUCUCUCGAAGUUGGAAUAAAGGAUCCAAGCUUGAUGGCUUAAAGGUGGUCUUUGGUACCUUGGAUUUUGACCAUGGAAAAGCAGUCUUCCAAAAGUACAUGCUUCAAACCGCCCCCGUCAUUCUUCUGUUUCCUCCGACCGUCGGGCCCUUUGCGAAGAUCGAAGCGGAACCAGAAAGACUUGAUUUCACGGGACCGAUGUCUGGCGACCAGCUCUACGCAUGGAUCACUCGGCACCUACCCGACGGGCCUAAGCCCCCCUUGGUUCGACCUGUGAAUUAUAUGCGCAUUGUCUCCGGAAUCACUAUCCUGAUGGGUGCUGUCACUUUGUUUACGGUGCUCUCACCAUACGUGCUGCCAAUCAUUCAAAAUCGGAAUCUCUGGGCCGCUGUCAGCCUGAUUGCCAUCCUUUUGUUCACCAGUGGUCAGAUGUUUAAUCACAUUCGGAAAGUUCCAUACGUUGCAGGAGAUGGUCAAGGGGGCAUCAGCUAUUUCGCAGGAGGGUUCCAGAACCAAUUUGGCAUGGAAACUCAGAUUGUGGCUGCCAUCUACGCCGUCCUUGCCUUUUCGACAAUUGCACUGGCAGUGAAGGUCCCCCGAAUGGAAGAUGUCAAGGGGCAGCAGUUGGCUGUUUUGAUCUGGGGAAGCGUCAUCUUUGGGACAUACAGCCUACUUCUCAGUGUGUUCAAGACCAAGAACGGUGGCUACCCCUUCUUCCUGCCUCCAUUUUAG